AUGUUAGGUUGCACAAAAAAGAGUCUCAAGCAGUUCAACCAAUUGAAGAGAUUAUAUGCUUCAACUAAUGUUCAUACUCACACUAUCAAAACUCCAAUUGGAUUAGAUGCAGCUAUACAAGAAUUAAAACCAAAAGCAACUAGAAUAUCAACUGAUGGGGCCGUUGAAUGUCCUUUGACUGGAUUUGCUUUGCUAAACUCGCCAUUUUUAAAUAAAGGAUCAGCUUUUACAAAUGAAGAAAGAAAAGCGUUUGAUUUGAUUGGAAUGUUACCUACUGCUAUCAAUACAUUGGAUGAACAAGUUGAUAGAGCUUAUGGACAAUUUAAAACUAGAAUUAAUGAUUUGGCUAAAAAUUCAUUUAUGGAUUCUUUAAGACUUCAAAAUAAAGUUUUAUUUUAUGAAUUGGUAAGAAGAUAUGUUAAAGAAAUGUUACCUAUUAUUUAUACUCCAACUAUUGGAGAUGCUAUAGAAAAUUAUUCACAAAGAUUCAGAAAACCCGAGGGUUUAUUUUUGAGUAUUGAUUCACCAGAUACAAUUGAAGAAAGUUUAGCAGCUUUUGGUUCAGCAGAUGAUAUUGACGUGGUCAUAUGUUCUGACGGGGGUCUGAUCUUAGGUAUUGGUGAUUGGGGAGGAGUUGCUGGAUCAAUGAUAGCCGUUGGUAAAGGAUCCAUUGUUGUUGCAGCAGGUGGUAUACAACCACAUCGUAUUUUAACCAUUGGAAUAGACGUGGGAACUGAUCGAAAAUCAUUGUUGGAAGAUCCAUUAUAUUUGGGUCUUAGAAAAGAUAGAGUUCGUGGACCUGAAUAUUAUAAAUUUAUGAAUAAAUUUGUAACUGCUUUUAAAAAACAAUUUCCAAAAUCUGUAUUACAUUUUGAAGAUUUUCAAACUGAACCUGCGAAAAGAUUAUUACAUGAGUAUCGUGAUAAAUUACCAUGUUUUAAUGAUGAUAUGCAAGGUACAGGAUGUGUUGUUGUAGCCUCUUUGAAAGCAGCUUUAAAAUAUUCUAAUAGAGAAAUUACAGAUAGUAAAAUUUUAAUUUAUGGAGCUGGAUCUGCUGGUAUGGGUAUAGCAAGUCAAAUUGUAUUAAAUUUAGUUCAAUCUGGUUUAACCGAAGAAGAAGCAAGAUCAAAUAUUUAUCUUAUGGAUAGGUUUGGUCUUAUCACUAAUUCAACAGAAUCAACUGAAGCUCAAAAACCAUUUGCAAAACCUGAUCAAAAAUGGGAAGGAAUAAAUACAAAAAAUUUAGUAGAUGUAGUUGAACAUAUAAAACCAACUGUUCUUAUAGGAUGUUCAACUCAACCAAAAGCAUUUAAUGAAAAUGUUAUAAAAACAAUGUAUAAAUAUAAUCCACAACCUAUUGUAUUUCCAUUAUCAAAUCCAACAAGAUUACAUGAAGCAUUUCCAGAAGAUAUAAUGAAAUGGACAAAUAAUAAUGCAUUAAUUGCAACUGGUUCACCUUUUAAACCAGUUGAUGGAUAUGCAAUAUCAGAAAAUAAUAAUUGUUUUGCAUUUCCUGGAUUACUUUUAGGUAGUGUUUUAUCAAGAGCUUCAACAAUUAGUGAUUUUAUGAUAAGUGCAGCAGUUGAUAAAUUAAGUGAUAUGUCACCAAAAUUUGAAAAUCCAAAAAAUGGUUUAUUACCAGAUAUUUCAAAAUUAGAUGAAGUUAGUGCUCAUUUAGCUUCAACUGUUGUAUUAGCUGCUUUAGAAGAAGGUGUUGCAAGAAUUGAACAAGAACAUAGUCCAAAUGGUCAAUUUGUUAAAGUUCCUCGUGAUCCAAAUGAAAAUUUAGAAUGGGUUAGAUCUCAAAUGUGGUCACCUGUUUAUCGUCCAUAUGUUAAAGUUGAAUAUGAUGCAACUUAUCAUACUUCACAAUACUAA